AUGCGAGACUUGGCUAACAUCACUCACCUUGGUCCCAAAUGGAUCAUUCUCGAUGGAGAUAUAGAUCCCAUGUGGAUUGAAUCUCUGAAUACUGUCAUGGAUGAUAAUAAGGUGCUCACCUUAGCGAGCAAUGAGCGAAUCCCACUAAAUCCCACCAUGAGACUCCUCUUUGAGAUCAGCCACCUGAGGACAGCAACGCCAGCAACAGUAUCCAGGGCUGGAAUUCUUUACAUCAACCCUGCGGAUCUGGGCUGGAACCCUGUGGUAAGCAGCUGGAUUGAGAAGCGAAAUGUACAGUCUGAAAAAGCCAACUUAAUGAUUCUGUUUGAUAAAUACCUGCCUACAUGUCUAGAUAAACUGAGGUUUGGGUUCAAGAAGAUUACCCCAGUCCCUGAAAUUACUGUCAUACAAACCAUACUGUAUCUGCUGGAAUGUCUCCUGACUCCAACUAACACGCCUCCAGACUCCUCAAAAGAGCUAUAUGAACUGUACUUUGUUUUUGCGUGUUUCUGGGCAUUUGGAGGAGCGAUGUUUCAAGACCAGCUGGUGGACUAUCGUGUAGAGUUCAGUAAAUGGUGGGUGAAUGAAUUUAAAACCAUCAAGUUUCCAUCUCAAGGGACUAUUUUUGACUAUUACAUAGAUCCAGAAAGUAAGAAAUUCAUGCUUUGGAAUGACAAAGUGCCAACAUUUGAGCUGGACCCAGACAUUCCCUUACAGGCUUCCGUGGUCCAUACGACAGAAACCAUCCGAAUUCGCUAUUUUAUGGAUUUGCUAGUGGCAAAGAAAUGGCCUGUGAUGUUAGUGGGGAAUGCAGGUACAGGGAAGUCAGUCAUGAUGGUGGACAAACUGCAGUCUCUGAACACUGAGGACUACCUGUUGCAGGCUGUCCCCUUUAACUUCUACACGACCUCGGCCAUGCUGCAGGCUAUUCUCGAGAAGCCCUUGGAGAAGAAAUCCGGGAGAAAUUUUGGUCCUCCGGGCACAAAGAAGCUUAUUUACUUCAUAGAUGAUAUGAAUAUGCCUGAAGUGGACAAAUAUGGCACAGUAGCUCCUCAUACACUGAUCAGGCAGCAUAUAGACCAUGGGCACUGGUAUGACAGAAACAAGCUGACAUUAAAGGACAUUCACAACUGUCAGUAUGUAGCCUGCAUGAAUCCAACAUCUGGAUCCUUUACGAUUGACUCCAGACUUCAGCGACACUUUUGUGUGUUUGCUGUGAGUUUUCCUGGCCAAGAAGCACUUGUGACCAUUUACAGCACCAUCCUUGCACAGCACAUGGCAAUCCGUAACAUUCCGGUCCCCAUUCAGAAGAUCCUGUCACCACUAAUUGCGGGAGUGCUGGGUAAGCAGCAAUAGCACAUUCAUGUUUAGAAAGGCAGCAUUAUAUAGGGCAGAUCUCUAUCUUCAUUUUUUCACCAGUAUCUAUCGUAUCUGUUGUACCAGUGUUUGUAAAGUGCACACUGUGUCGGAAAGAGGGCAAAUAACCACCUCCCUGAAAAGUCCUGUGCAGCACUUUGGAACUGUACAGGGUAUUGAUUGUGCCCCGUGCGGGUGGAAGGGUGAACUGGGCAUUGCCCCACCUCUGUUCCCAGAACGCCAAUGGAAGGUUUAUCACUGACUCAAAGGAAGCAGGGUUAGGCCAACGUUGAGCACUUGUGAAAAUCCCACC